AUGAGUUUUAAACGUUCUUUACCUGUUAAUGAUCAACAGCACGACAAGAAUAAUGUAAACGGCAAUGACAUCAAUUUAAUAAGUCCUUCUGGCUCACCAUUACCAAAACUUGCUCGAACAGCAAAUAGUUCUGAUGAUGAAAAUUAUGAAAAUGAACAAUUAAACGGCGUUGGAUCAGAUAGUGGACAGGAAGAGGAAUAUUCCGAUGAAUCGAUUGAAAAUAUUAGUGUAGACGAUAUUUAUCGUUAUGCUGGUUCAUUAAAAUAUCAUUUUCGAGUACCAAUUCGCCCAAAUACUGAUUUAAUAAGUGACAGAACAAUAAUUCGAACAUUUACAUGGACUCUACUUGUACAUUACAAACCUGAGUAUGAACCCUAUGUAAAUGGUAGCGGGGAUUUAGGAUUAUUUUUGAAAUGUGAACCAGAAAGACAAUCACCUGGAUGGUCUAUUUAUGCUACAGCUGAAUUAACGCUUUUACAUGCAACUGACCCAAAAAAAAAUUUUAUUCGGGAAAUUCAUCAUACAUUUUCUCAACGAUCAAUAGACUGGGGUUUUCAUUCUUUCAAGUCAUUAAAAGAUUUUCAUAGCGAAUUUGUACAUAAACAAGAUAAUACGAUUCGUAUCGAAGCAAAAAUUCAUGCUGAUGCACCAAGAAAUGUUGAAUGGGAUUCCAAAGGCCAUACCAAUUUUGUCGGAUUAAGAAAUCAGGGUGCAACGUGUUACAUGAAUUCAUUUUUACAAACAAUUUACUUUACAAAUAAACUGCGAAAAGCUGUUUAUGUUUUACCAACCGAUAAUGAUGAUUUAUCUCACAGUAUUCCACUUGCAUUACAAAAAUUAUUUUAUGAUUUACAGUUUACUGCCCACUCAGUAAGCACGAAAAAGUUAACAAAAUCAUUUGGAUGGGAUAAACCAGAUGAAUUCAUGCAACAUGACAUACAAGAAUUUUGUCGUGUGUUACUCGAUAGACUUGAAUCAAAAAUGGAAGGAACAACUGUUGAAGGAAUUAUUCCAUCGUUAUUUCAAGGACAAUGCGUGCAAUAUGUCCGUUGUACGAAGGUUGACCAUGAAUCAAGUAUGAAGCAAUCAUUUUAUGAUGUACCAUUACAAGUUAGAAAUAAUGCAAAUAUCUACGACUCAUUUCGUGAUUUUUGUAAAUGCGAAAUAUUAACGGGUGAUAAUAUGUAUGAUGCUGGACAGUAUGGAUUGCAAGACGCUGAAAAAGGCGUUAAAUUUCAAAAAUUUCCUCCUGUUCUAUGUUUACAUUUGUUACGUUUUGAAUUUGAUUUUAAUUCAUCACAACAUCGAAAAAUCAAUGAUAGGCAAGAUAAAUGUAUUUGUUCGCGCGUUUACACAUUUUACAGUGAUUUGGAUCUCAGUGAAUUUUUGGAAAAACCUGAUUGUUGUCCAUGUAAAUAUAAAUUAAUGUCCGUACUUGUACAUAGUGGCGAUAAUAGUAGUGGACAUUACGUUGCAUUUAUUAGUCCAGAAUUAAAUGGAGAAUGGUUUAAAUUUGACGAUGAGGUCGUAUCACGUUGUGCACCAAAUGAUGCUCUUAAUCGUAAUUUUGGUGGAAUUAAUGAUGAUGAUGGACCAAUUACAUAUAAUACAAGUGCUUAUAUGUUAGUAUAUAUUAGAGAAGAUUGUCAAGAUGAUGUACUGUGUGAAGUGAACGUAUCAGAUUUACCAGAACAUUUAAUUGCACGAAUUGAAUAUGACAAAAAACUUUCUAUUAAAAGAAGACAAGAUAUUAAUGACGGUAUUUAUGAUGUACAAAUUAUAUUGGAAGAUGAUUUUUAUCGACAUGAAUUAUUUGAUUUAUGGAGUAUUAAUGAACAAUCUGAUUCGACAUGUGCAUUGGAUUCAAUUCAACCCAAACGUAUGCGUUAUGUUCAAGCAAAACGUUUAGAAAUAUUUCGAGAAUUCGUUGAACGUUUAUCUGACAUACUAGUAAUUGAUGUAUGGACUGAUAAUUUAUUUGAAUUUACCGUACCAACGAUAUUUGUUGAGCAAAAAGUAUUUCUCAAUGGUGUCUAUAAAUUAAUGCCUUUUAACAAGAAUGAUGAUAUACUCGUAUUCGUUAAAUUAUACGAUCCAAAAAAUGAAUUACUGACAUAUAUCGGUCAUUUUUUAUUUUCUACACAUAAUACACUACGCCAAUGUAUGUGUGAAAUAUCCAUUCGUUUAAAACUACCUAAAGAUACAACGUAUUUUAUUUACGAAGAAUUACAAACUGUCAAUUGUAAUCAAUUUGAACCAAUUAAAACAUCUUCCUAUGAUUUUUCAUUUGGACAAGCUUGUCAUCAACCAUGUCAUGUUGCACAUUUUACUGUACAAGUAAAUGAUCAAAAAUUACAGCAAUAUGCAUUACCUCGUCUAGAUGAUUAUCUAAAAAGUUUAGAAAAUCGUCAAAAAAUCUCUGUUAUAAAUCGUGAUAAUCCUCGACAUGAAAUUUUAUUCGAAUUAUCUUUGCCAUAUAAAACAUUAAUUAAAGAUUUAAUACAGUUGAUUGCCGAAAGAAUCGAACAAGAUGAAGAGAAGGUGGUUGUAUUCAGACCAAAUAAUCAACCUAGUCUAUUAGGUUUGAAAGAGUAUAGUCAUAUGUUACAUAUUGGUAGUAGUAACACAUUGAAAGAUUUAUGGCCAAAUAGUCGGAUAGCUGGUCAAAAGAAAAUAUUUUUUAAACGACUCCCAUUUAAUUAUUCAGAAAUUGAUUAUCGUCGACCAUUUCGAUGUUUCGUUAAUGAUAUGUUAAAAAAAGAUGAACAACGUGAAAUCAUAUUAUUUGCCAAAAAAACAUCGACAGUGGGUGAAUUUCUUGAAGAAGUCAAAACUUGGAUACCAACAAUAUGUUCAGCUAAAGGAACGAAACAAUUGAGACUUAUUGAAGUAACUCAGCCAGCUACAUCAAACUUAUUUCAGAUAAAAGUCCAUCAACAUAGUCAAAUAACAGAUGAUCUAGAUGUAAAUAGAAUAUAUCGUAUAGAAGAAAUACCAUAUGAUGAAUUAGAUUUGGGCAAAGAUACUGUACUUAUACAAGUGGCACAUUAUACAAAAGAUAAUUCAAACACAUUCUCAAUUAAUUUACAACCAUAUUUUCCAUUUUUAUUGAAAGUUAUUAAUAAUGAGUCUUAUAAUGAUGUGAAACGACGUCUUCAGAUUAAAAUGGGAUUAUCAAAUAGAGAAUUUGAAAAGUAUCGUUUCUCAAUAUUCAGUGGUCUAAAAUUAAUAUGUAAAUGUGACGAAAACGAAGGAACAAUCAAGUUGAAUGAAUUAAAACAUUUACUAAAUACAGUUUGGUUAGGUAUACAAGUUUCAAUGCCACUCAAUCCUCGUAAAACAAAAAAAUCUUUAUUUUCUGAGAAACCAAUCAGAAUUAAUUGA